AUGAAGGCUAUACGAAGUAUGGGAGGGUUCUCUGGCGAACGCAGCCAUCUCCUUUUCAGACUGUGCGAAAAUAGCGAUUUCGAAAGAGGUUUGAUGAUUUGAAUAUGAAUAGUUGUUACAAAAAAGACCUUUUUUCAGUGAAGUCUCUUUGUGAGAGCGGGACGAGUGUUCGCCAACGCAAUGCUAAUGGAAAGACGUGUCUGAUGAUUCCUGACUUUUUCACGUCUUGGAACUCGGAACGUUCGGUUUCUUUUCCUCGACUUGUUCGUCCUAAUACAGUUUUUCAGCUCCCGAUUUUCAAGUAUCUCAUCCAGAAAGGCUUGUCAGUUGAAGAAAAAACUGUGACUGGUUAGUUGAAACUUUUUUUUUGAACUGAUGAAAGUACUCACAGUGUAGUGCACGUAAUUGAAGGAAUUUUCCAAAAAAAUUAGUUAUAAAAAAAAAUAACGCAUAGGGUGGAAAAAGGCCCCAUAGAAAGGUUCCUUUAAGGGUGACAAAAGUUCUUUUUUCUGCCUUUUUGCGCCAUUUCAUCGGCGCUUUUGCAUCAUUUUCACUGUCUCCCCCUUUUUUUUUACCAUUUCUUGGGCCUUUAAAAUCCCAGAAAGAUUGGAAAGCUCGAUGAAGGGUGUAUUUUUGCUGCCUUUUUUGAGCAUUUCCCUCUCAGGAGCCUUUUUCCACCAUUUCUUCACCAUUUUCCCACCCUUUUUGCUGCCCCUUUCUUUCUUCACCUUUUCUCUGGCCUUCUAGAUUUCACUCAAAGAAGAAAAGGUUGCAAAAAUGGCCCUUUUUUUUUUUGCCAUUUCGGACUUUUCCUGAGUUGGCAAAAUGGGGGACCCUCGUUGCCAUUUUCUAACCAUAAAAGUUUCUUGAUUUUUAUCCAUCGUUUAAGUUUUGCUACAAAAUUUUCAAUAAGAUUUUGAAAUUCUCGAACUUGUUAAUUUUUCAGGACACACUGCGCUUCAUUUCGCCGUGGAAAAUCGCAACGUGCAUUUGGUGAAGCUUCUCACCGCGGAAGGCGCCCGAAACUGUCCUGAUGAGAAUGGAGAAACUCCGUUAAUGAAAGCUGCUUUGCUUUCCUCGGACUACGGCUCUGUAAGAAAACUAAAGCCUUAUCUGAACUAAACUUAUUUCUAAUUCAAGAUUCUCCAAACGGAAUCCGCUCCGGAGAUUUUCAACCACUUGAUGAAUUACGUUAGAGACGAGAAGGAGAAAAAUGAAGCCAAACUGAUCCGGGCUGCCGUAACUUAUCUGGAAAUGCCUGAUGUGAUGAGUCUGGAUGGCUUCAAGUCGGAAUUGACAGCGGCAAAUAAGUCGAAACAGGUUUUUUUUUUUUAACUUUAUAAAAAUAAUUUUUUGCCCUUACAGAAAAUUUCCGCUAAGAAGAGAGUAAAAACAAAUCCUGCGUAUGAUUCUCUCCGAGAAGCUCACUCUCUGAAGGAUUUCGAGACGGCCAAAAAUUUGAAGAGAUUUGCCACCAUGCAAGUAUGAAAUAAAGAUAAUUUUUCGCGUAUUUUGAAAUUCGGGUUUUGAGGUAUUAUGUCUUCUUGUGGACCUUUUGUCCAUUUUCGAAUAUCGAAAUUCUACAAAAAGCCUGUAUUUUUUUAUUAAAAACCCCGCAGUGAACCCCGAAUUAGGUGGACUUCUCGUGAAUGUUUUUGCCCCCCCCCCCUCUCCAAAAAAAAGAAUGUUUUUUUGGGUCAAUUGGUCGUAAGAAAAAAUUUUUUUUUCGAGUCACUGUUAUAAAACUUAGCAUUGAACUAUGGAUAAUUUCACUAUUUAGAAACUUAAGUACUCCGGAGUGGUUCCUUUAUGGGCAACCUUAAGGACCCUUGAAGAAUCUCCUCUAGGGACCACGUACCGAUCCCUACAGGGUAAUUAAGGUUUGCAAAAGUGGUCCCUAUAGGGGACAUGCUUAUAGAUAAUUUUAUGAACUCUAUGUGGAGAAGCAUUUUUAUGCGAAUAAAAAAUAAGAGUUUUUUGAAUAAAAUUGAAAAACCCCUUCAGGGACCACUUAAGCUUUAAGCGAUAAGGGGGCAGUCCCUGAACCCCUAUAGGGAUCGCCUUGAUUAUACCCCUAAAGGGAUCACUUUUUUGGCUCCCAUAGGGGCUCUUCUCCCCCCUCACCCUUAUAGGGAUCACUCUUAAAUUUCUAAGUAUAAACCGUUUCGAAAUUGCGUAUGGGAUAAGUGCCUUAACAGGCGCUUAAAGCAAAACAUGGUGCGUCCCUUGUUACACUGCGGGGUGCCCCAUCACUUUUAUCAUAAAGUAACGCGGCAUCCGCUGCUCAGCAAAGAUGGCGUGCGGUGUAUUCUGCUUUUUUUGCACUCUGAUGAGUAAUCCGGGUCUGCACCGUGCUAUCUCGAUGAUUUUUUGAUCCUUUACAGGUGCAUAAGUGCUUCGAAACAGUGCUUUGAGCGUGCGGCGCCAGAGCUGCGCCAAAAAAAAAAUCGAAAGUUCCGCACCCGGGUGCAAAAAAAGCAGAAUGCACCGUGCACCAUUCUGGCUGAGUAGGAAGGCGAACCCUAGGCUCCGCCCCUAUAGAUUUGCUCUAUGCAGAACCAUGGCUUCACAUUAAUUUUGUCCCAACUUGGUAUUUUGAAGUAAAUUGGUUUUAUGAAAAAAAGCGAAUUUUCAAACGGCGGCUUUUCCGAUUUUUUCAUAUUCCGUCGGAGAAGUUUCCGCUUUUAACCACAUAUUUUUUAUAGAGAAUCUCACAACUUCGUAUCGAAAGUUUGACUUACCAUUUAAAAUUCUCCAAGAAGACAUUAAUAUCUCAAGCUGGAUAUCUAGCUAACCGAAUUUUUUCAAACGUCCCUCUCUUUGCUCCUACUUUUUUUUUUCCAGUGCUUCAUCGUCUUGGAAAGAAUCCUCAAUGAGCGGAGUCCAGGGCUCCGUAAUACACUGCUGCGAUACGUGGAACUCUCAAAUAUUACCGUUUUCUCUGGGUUCGGGUUUGAAAUAUAUACUGUUGGUUUAAGUUUCUGGAAAAGCAGCAAAAAAUUUUUUUCGAGAAUUUGAUGACAUGACCUUGAUCCUAGUACGAGAAAAAAGUUUUAGCUUUUCUUGGCACAUUUUACGGAUUUUUCCUUCUCUUUGUGCUCAUUCAUCAAAGGUUCAUGUUUUCAGCACUUGAAAAAAAAUAAUUGAAUAAAAAGCAAUUAUUGUAAUAACCUGAUAUUCCAUCGUUAACUGUGAAGGUUUUGAAAGAGACUCACUACAACAGAUGUUUUAUACGAGAAAUUUGUCAAGAAAGUUCGUUAUUUGAUGGUAAAAAACUUUUUUUUUUGUUUAUCUGAUGAUGAAAAGUCCGUUUAUUUGAUGGUGAAAAUUAGAAAAUUAGCCGAUUUCCUGCUUUUUUUUUAUGUCGCUAGAGAAUUUUUUGACAACUUUUCGAAUUGUGACGGACGGAGAAUGAGCCUAGAAAUUUUAAAAUAUCUUUGUUCUAUUAAAAAAAAUUUUUUCAUAUUCAGAUAUGCUGCGCUCAUUCGCCACACGAUUUCUCUGUAUCAGAGGUGAUAUUUUCCGAUUUCCGUAACUAUUUGUAUUUGUUAAGAUACGGUGACCCGCUGUCGGACUCGUUGUUUGCAAUGAUUGAAAAAGUCUACCAAUGGGUUACCGGCUGGGAAUUCCAUUGUCCGGCGGUCGACGAAAAAGAUCCGCCGCCUCAAGUCGUCGAAAUGGCCGAAUACUUGUUUGAUCAGAUUUGCUGUGCCUUGGAGGAGGUUACUUUUAUCUCUGGAAUGAAAUACGCUCAUUUUCGGGUUUUAGGCUCAAAAAGAGGGAUUCACGAGCUGCUCGAGAAACUCGGAGUGUAUCCGAUUCGUUUUGCUCGCCGUGAAUCUAUUCCUGAAGGUUCUUGUUCAAUAACGUUUAACAUGUACAGAAGCGAGUAGAGUUAGAGGGAAGGCGGGCACGCCCCGGGUGUCUCUUCUCGUUUUUUGUUCAUUUUUGUGCCCGCAGGUAGAGAAAGCGGAGCUGUAGAGGAAGUUUAUUGUAUUGGUGCGCCAGAACUAAAAAUAAUAAACAAAGGUGUUUAAAUAGGCUAAGAGGGAGGAAUCCCGAAGACUUUGGAAUGUUUCAGAAAAAAGGUGAAGUUAUAUAAGGUAGAGACAUACAUGGACAAAGUCUGAAAGGCUGGAAAGUUGCUUCAUAAAAAUGAUCCUAGGGUGACAAAGAAUCCUUUUUUGCUACCUUUUUUUCCCUCUUUCCACCAUUUCUUGAGCCUUCAAAAUACCAGAAAAAAUGGAAGGCUUGAUAAAGGGAUCCUUUUUGCUGCCUCUUUGCUGCUUGUUUGCGGCCUUUUUUGAGCCUUUCUCUUUUAGCGGCCAUUAUCCACCUGCCCGAGGAGUAUGCGGAAAACUUCUAUAGGCUUGAAAAUCUUUCCCCGGAGGUUCUGAAACAUUCUGGAACGAUUUGGAGCCUUCUAGAAAGUUAUUGAUUUUUCUAGAAGGGUAGUGUGAUCCCUAUGACGUAAUACAGCCGUGAAAGUCGGAAAGGAUAAAAUAUUCUAUAACAAGCCUAAAAUUAGUGUUAUUCUCCAACAUUAUAGAAUCUAAUAAAUUGAAAGCUUUUUAUUUUUUGGAAAAUUUUCUCAUCGAUGCUUGGGUUUGAACCACAUUUGACGCAUAGAACUUAAUUUUACACUCAACAUGGUUUAAAAGUUCUUGAGAAAGGUUUAAGAAAUGAUCAAGGAUACCAAUAAAUAUCAUAAAAAUAAAAACAUUUAAGUUUGGUAUUUCCACUCGAAAAGCGAAAAUAAGACCCAGAAACGUUCCCCGCCACCUUUUAUAGCUGAUUCACGGCUGGCUUGAGUCAUCAGAAAGGGCCCUGACACGAUAAUGAGAGAGAUAGUGCUUGUUUGGUAGAGAGCGCAGACACGCCACGCCCCCUCAGGGCCCCAAGUUAGCCGUGGAUCAGCUAUAUUUUUUCGGUGGCCGACUCGAUCGAAAUAAACUGUAUAUUUUUUCAGGUUGACCAUUUUGGUAUAAAAAUAACCGACAAUGAUGGUUUGAAACGCCUGGGUUUCGACGUGCGUUUCUCGUGUUUCGUGACCUCUAUCAGAUAAUUUAUAUAUUCAGGAAACCCGUUUCGCAAAAGUCGUCACACUUCUUCAUGUCCCAUUGUUUCAUUUGAAUCCAAUCUUUGAGUAAUUUCUUAUUCUAACAAACAAAUCUUUUGGGUCUUUCAGUUAUCCCUAUCUGAUCCCCUUUUUCGUCCGCGCAGGCGCAAACAUCAAUGAGAAGGAGGAAAACGGCAACACGGCUCUUUCGGAACACUUUUUCAAAUCCCAAAACAGUUUCCGCAGUACUUUUUUGAAAAUGAAGUUGGUGAAAAUCCACUGAUCUCACUCAUUACAAUUAUUUUGGACGGUGGAUAAUUGUCGAGGUGUUGCUGAAAUGUGGCGCGCGAGUUUUUGUCUGCGAUGAUGAAGGGCGUCAGUUUCAUCGGGACCUUCAGAGAGAGCUGAAAAUCAAACAGCUGGACAUUUUUGGUAAGUUACUUAUCGCGCUCUAGCGAAACGAUGGUAAGAACUCGGACAUUGGUAACGCGAAACGGGCGUUUCGCGCUAUAAACCUAUAAAUGCUAGAAAUGGACAUGCGAUUCUAGGGAUCACUUAAGAGUGCUGAGGCUACUAAAGUGGUCACUAAAAAUGCCCCGACACGUCCGGUUCAUGUCCCGUUCGCGUUACCAAGGUCCGAGAAUUAAGGUUGACUCAGAGCCCCGUAGUGCAAACCGGAACCUUUCUGAGCAUUUCUAGUGAUUACUGAAAUGUUCUCUCGCCCCUAAAGCGAUCACUAGGAUUUCUAAAACGGUCCGACGACGAAAAAUAACUUUUCUUCCUUUAAUGAAUCAUCGCUGAUUAACGGUUGGCUUGAGCCAUCGAAGAAAAGGGUCCUGACACGAUAUGAAGUAGAGAGCGCAGACAGGCCACGUCUUUUGCUUCAUAAAAAAAGCCGUGAAUAAGCUAUGAUCGUUUUAAAUGUCCUUGUAUAGCCGGGGUGCCACGACUUGAAAUUUCACCGAACGACAUUCCGCUGUUCCGCGGCGUGCGUUCGCGAAGCGUCUUUCGAAUCUAGGUCACGCUUUCAAUUGGUUGUUAUUGCUGUGGGAGCUCAUGAAAGUAGAGUACCUUAUGAAAGAAAAAAAAAAUUGAAGCGCGACCAAGGUUCGCAAAGGCGCGCAGCGGCACAGCGGAAUGUCGUUCCGUGAAAUUUCAAGUCGUGGUACACAGGCUAUACCAAAUCUAUAAUUUGAUCAAGGGCAAACAUCGGAUAAGUCGCGAUCAUAAAUUUCACUGAUCUUUUAUUCUUACCAUCACCCAACCACUUCAUUAUGAGCCGAUCUUCAGGCAAACUCGUCCGAUUGAAGGACAUUUGUGCGGGAGUCGUCGAGAAAAACUACUCGCCAGAAUACCUGGCAGAGGUCCUGACCCAAAAUUUGCAAGAAUACCUCAGUAUCCACAACGACAACUACAGUGACUAUCGUUCUCCCUCGUCGAGCUCCGAAUUUUCAAGUCUAACCUUUCUUCUCUAA